ACAUCCAAUAGUCAAAGGUAUAUGAAAUACAAAUGGUAUAGAGAGAUUUUCCUAUAAUAACGACAACCUAAAACGUCUUACCUGGGAAUAUUGAAGACUCAUGUUAAAAGGAACAACCAGCUUUCAUGUGUUCAUGUCCUGAGCAAGGAACUUAAACGUUAGCUUUUUUACAUGGCACAUACUGCACUUUUACUUUCUUCUCAAACACUUUGUUUUUGCAUUAUUUAAACCAAAUUCAACAUGUUUCAUUUUCUUUGAGGCUAAAUUGAUUUGAUUGUAUUAUAUUACUUUAAAAUAAGUGUUCAUUCAGUAUUGUUGUAAUUGUCAUUAUUACAAAUACAUUUUUUUUUUAAAUCAUCCGAUUGAAUCAGUAUCGGCUUUUUUUGGUCCUCCAAUAAUCGGUAUUGGCGUUGAAAAAUCAUAAUCGGUCAACCUGUAGUCUCUUCCAAGACCACCACACUGCAUAGUUUUCCAGCACACCCAUGAUUGGUUUUCCAAUGCUUCUGUGUGGCAUUUCACUCUCUAAUUCAGAAUCUGCCACCUUUUGGAGCCAGGACUUAUUAUAACCAUCUGACUGCCAGCCUCAGUCAUGCUCUGAUCUGCCACAGAGAAAGCCAAGUUCCUCAACAGGGACCUCUCUUCCAGUGCCACAGAAAGCCAAGUUCCUCAACAGGGACCUCAUCUUUGACCUCAUCCCAUCUCAAUUAAUUUAAUCUUGGUUUAACAGAUUGCCGCCAUCAUUCCGUGCUGUAAAGGUGAUCCAGAAAUGUCUUCCAAUGGAGACCUGCGAGACGUUGGGAGCUGCGAAAGCUUCUGGGAGCCGGGGCACUACAAGAGGACGGUGAAGCGUAUUGACGAUGGACACAAGCUAUGCAACGAGCUAGUCGGCUGCUUCGCGGAGCGGGCCAAGAUUGAAAAGGGCUAUUCCCAGCAGCUGAGUGACUGGGCCAAGAAGUGGAGGGGCGUGGUGGAGAAAGGGCCUCAGUAUGGCACCCUGGAGAAGGCGUGGCAUGCCUUCAUGAAUGCUGCUGAUAGGCUGAGUGAGAUCCACAUGGAGCUGAAGGAGCACCUGGCUGUGGAGGACAGCGAGAAGAUUCGUAACUGGCAGAAAGAUGCCUUCCACAAGCAGAUGAUCGGAGGGUUCCGGGAGACAAAAGAUGCAGAUGAAGGAUUCCGUAAGGCACAGAAACCCUGGGUCCGGAAACUGAAAGACGUGGAGUCGUCUAAGAAGAGUUACCACCAGUUCCGUAAAGAGGAAAAGACUGCUUUGACUCGCGAGACCCAUGCCAAGGCCGACCCCACCAAGUCACCGGAAGAGGUCCGCAAAUUUACAGACCGCGUCGAGAAAUGCAACCAGGAAUCAGAGAAGGCAAAGGAGCGCUAUGAGAAGGCUUUGGAGGAGCUGAACCGCUGCAACCCACGCUACAUGGAGGACAUGGAGCAGGUGUUUGAGAUCACCCAGGAGGCCGAGAAGAACAGGCUGUGCUUCUUCAAGGAGGUCCUGCUGGACAUCCACAAACACUUGGACCUCUCCAGCAAUGAUGGAUUCAAGGUCCUGUACUGUGACCUGGGCCAGACCAUCACUGCAGCCAAUGAUAGCGAAGACCUGAGGUGGUGGAGAAACACCCAUGGGCCUGGCAUGAGCAUGAACUGGCCACAGUUUGAGGAGUGGUCCCCUGAGUCAAACCGCUCCAUCUCCAACCAGAAGGCGAGGAACAGCCGGGCGGAGGACGUGGUCACCCUGACCAACAUUGUCCCUUCGAGCGAGGAGGCGCCCCAGACCCCUCAGGAGACCACCAGAGGGGUUAAAGACUACUCAUCAGACUGGUCUGACGAAGACAUCCCCAAAAAGGUCAUCGCUGCUAAUGGGGUGGAGGAGGAAGAGAAGGUAGCAGGUGUACGAGUUAGAGCGCUGUAUGAUUACACUGGGCAGGAGGCGGAUGAGCUGAGCUUUAAAGCAGGUGAAGAGCUAAUGAAGAUGGGCGAGGAGGACGAGCAGGGCUGGUGCAAAGGGCAGCUGGCUAACAGAGAGGUGGGCCUUUACCCUGCUAACUACGUCCAGGUCGUCACAUCCUGAUGACCCGCCCCCUUCCUGGGCAAUAAUACAGCCAUUGGUACAACAGAGUACAGACAUGAGAAUUACUGACAACACCAGCACAGCCAGUUGUCGUUGUCGUUGUCCCCCCCCCCCCCCCUCUCCCAGAAGACUGGAUGUGUUUUUGUUGCGACAGCUGUUGCUCUUCAUUUCAAGUAUAAUGAAACAGGAAUAUAGUCCAAAUUAAAAACUGAUGUUUCCUUAACAAACUACUAGAGGAUUAAUAGCAGAAUGGAGGUCAUCGUCCCAUGGGCUUUAUCCUCGGUCUUUGUGAUAGGCAUAACCGGUACAGUGCCUUUUGAAAAGGAUAACAGGGAAGGAUGUCUGCAGAGCCUUCCCCUGCCAUGUGAUUGGCAGCACUCGGCAGUGGAUUAGGCUGGGUGAUAUUAUGAGCGACCCCUGGAGGACAGGAUAGUACAUGGCAAAUUAACUGAUCACGAGAAUGCCUCUGCAAGGAUGCAGAAAGGAUCUCUUCUGUUGUGCAUCACACAAAAAAAAAGACAUUUCAGUAGCUUUCACUCAAAGCACAAUUCACUUCCAAGUAUUUAUUAAGAUGAGAUGGUAUGCACAGUUUUUCACCUGUUACUUGCAGUUUCUUUACGAUAUGUUGUGUACUUCACGUUCAUUUUCCAGACCUAUGUUUAGUAUGUAGAUACACUUAAUAUUUCUAAUGGUAUGUUUGGGAUAGUUAGUAGAUUAAGGUUACAGUGCAUUCAAACCCACGUUGGUUUGCUGUGCACGCUUAGUUUUCUAUUUUCAGUAAAAUAGCCAUACUUUUGUGAGAUUAGGGAUAUGAGAGUAAUUCCAUAUCGCCUAUUUCGCUACCCUUUUUUUGUAUUCAAAAUUUUACCUACAGUCAGACUUAUUUGCAUUUUAAUUUAUUUUUCUUUAAAUCAUUUAAAAAAAAAUUGCAUAUCAACUAAACCAACUAAACCAGGGAGACGUAAGACUUGUUUAAGAUGGUUGAUUGAAACCUGUGGGAAGAGGUGAGAUGCAAGGUGUGUUACAGCUAUGAGACUGUUUUGAGGGCAAUGGAAACAUUUCUGUCUCCACGGCUCUGCACUCACUGUGAACAUGGUUUUACGUGAAACUUCUGUAACAAGCUAAUCUAUGUACAAUUCAGAAAUUAAACAUUUGAAUCAAA